AUGUUUUCUCCCUCAACACUCCUCAGACCAACCACCUUCAACACCUUCAGAACCUGCCAGCCAACUUUCAACCGUUGCUUCCACGCAUCAUCCGCAAACAUGGUCAUCAAGGCUUACUUCGACGUCACCUGGACUGGUCCAGAGCUCAAGACCGACACCAACGGCAAGGUCAUCAGCAAGGACGAGUCUGCUAAGCCACGCUCCGGCCGCAUCAACUUCGACCUCUUCGACGAUGUUGUCCCAAAGACCGCCGAGAACUUCCGCGCUCUUUGCACUGGCGAGAAGGGCUUCGGCUACGCUGGCUCCAAGUUCCACCGUGUGAUCCCAGAGUUCAUGCUUCAAGGUGGUGACUUCACCCGUGGUAACGGCACCGGUGGAAAGUCCAUCUACGGCGAGAAGUUCGCCGACGAGAACUUCAAGCUCACCCACAACAAGCCAUUCCUCCUCUCCAUGGCCAACGCCGGCCCAAACACCAACGGCUCGCAGUUCUUCGUCACCACCGUCGUCACCAGCUGGCUCGAUGGUAGGCACGUCGUCUUCGGCGAGGUGCCAGAUGAUGAUGCCGAGUCCAAGGGCAUUGUCAAGUCGAUUGAGGCUUGCGGUACUAGCAGUGGUGCCAUCAAGUACAAGGAGGGCCCACCAACCAUCGUCAAGUCCGGUGUCUUGUAG